AUGACACUGGCGGAUCCGGAAAACAUCAACACGAAGUGGACGUCGUUUGUGAAAAGCCGUUUGGACUGCGCUAUAGAGGGGAAAGAUCAGGACACGCUCUAUUUCAACCAGCUUGCCUCGGUAUCGCCAGGGACGCAUUUCAUCUACGGCGCGUUCCGAUCUCAACUGGCCGGACUUGGCUCAUCGGCUGUGUGUGCUUAUUCGCGUACUACUGUAUCACAGCUAAUGGCUAGCGCAUUCCGUAAUAAAAAAUCGGCUUGCCCAAAGGCUAACGACACCUAUGAGCAUACCUACAUACGGAAUAAUCCUCUUAUCUCUACAAAGCUCAGCACAUCACCUCUAUUUGUACAUUACGGAGUAGAUCGAUUUACUGAAUUUCUUGUUGAAGAGAACGUUGUCGAUUUGGGAGGCCGGCACAGUAUCGUAUUCUUCAUAGCUACUGAUCAGGGAAAUAUAUUUAAAAUUGUGAAAGAUAUCCAUGAAAACGAUGCAACACAUGUUUUCUCAAUGAAAGCUGUUGAGGCUGGAACACCAAUCGUUUCUCUCUCAGCACACAUCGAAAGGCUACCAAAUCAACAAACUGCAAAAAAGUUACUUAUUCUCACUCCAACUCAGCUCAUUCUACUGCCAUCGUCGGUGUGCCAUCGUGUCCAGUCAUGUACAGAGUGCUUAUCAAUAGGUGACCCAGAAUGCGCCUGGGUGCUACAUGGAGUCGAAUGUGUGGCCGUCAGCGCAAACGUGUACCGACGUGAAUAUUUGACGCAAGAUGUAGAGAAGUGCAGUACCCAAGUGGUCGAAAAAACUACAACUACACCACAGCCAUUACUCCAACGUAAAAUGGAAUGUUUAUGCGAAUCACCCACACACGUACCGUGCACCACUGAAGUCUUCCAGAGAGAAGUCGUCACCAACACGGCUGAAUUUCUGAAUCCCUGGGCAUGGUUUCUGUUCUGCAUAGGACUCGCCUCAGGAGCGUUGCUGAACUUGAUAUUAACAAGAUCGAGGUAG